AUGUCAGCAGAGUCCAAGGCGACAGGCAACACGUCAUCUAAGCGCGAACUGAUGCCAAUGAUCGUUCCCAUGCGGUACCGUUGUUCAUUAGAAAGGCGACCCUGGACGAAGAGAUUAUUAAAGAUGCUGUUGGUACCCCGGAUGACUCGCAGACCAUCCGACGGGUCGUGGCAGAUAGAAAUUAAAGAGGCACCUCCCGUUGUGCGGGAUGAGCCACGAUCUUACGAUCCUGAGGAGAUUAUCGGAGCCAGUUAA